AUGUCAUCAAACGUGGGCGAUGGAGUGUCGGAUGCCGUGGAUGGAGUUUACGAUGUGUACAGCGUGAGCUUCUGGCUAAAGGUGUUGUUGAAUGGCAGUCUAGUUGCCAUUAUUACGUUUCUGUUAAUGAAAAUAUUCAUGAAACGCAACGAGCCUCAAGUCGAAGAAGAAGAUGAUGUGACACUACCAAAAAUGAAAAAGAGAGAUUUCACCAUCCAAGAGCUGCGCGAAUUUGACGGCACCAAAGGUGACGGACGCAUUUUGGUAGCGAUCAAUGGCAAAGUGUUUGACGUUACUAAAGGAAAACAUUUCUAUGGACCCGGUGGUGUUUACUCAACAUUUGGUGGACACGAUGCUUCUCGUGGUUUAGCUACAUUUUCAGUCAGUGGUAAAGAUGAAUAUGACGACCUAAGUGAUUUGAACUCAUUAGAGAUUGAGUCUAUGUUGGAAUGGGAGACUCAAUUUAUGGAAAAAUAUGAUUAUGUUGGACGUCUAUUGAAGCCUGGAGAACCUCACAGUUACUAUACUGACGAAGAAGAAACCCCUACCAAUAAACUCCACCUAGAAAAUCCAAAACAAUGUGAAUCUGAAAAACCUAAAAACUAUGCCGGAGGAGAUUCUACAGAUAUAAAUGAAUUACCCAAAACUGAAACCAAAGAUAACAAUAAGGAAACUGUCGACAACAAUAGCACUGGUAGUCUAUCUUCAGAUAGUAAUGAUGAGAAACCUGAGGCCACUAAAAUAUUGGAUAACCCAACCAAACAAGAUGAAAUUCAGAACUUAGAAAACUAG